GGCUAAUCACUCCCUUAUUGAAAUAUUGAGUCAAUCACCGAAAUGGUCAUAGGUCGGCUCUGAGGCUUAUUAAGAUUCCAGCUUGGAGGCCAGAGAGAGUUAGCCCGUCUCCAGCGGUUGUUCUCCAACUGGACUUUGCGGAACUCUGAGCGCGGGUGGAGGGUUCGGGUUUCGCUCUCUGGGGACCUCGAGCUUCUGCAGCGCCUGGUCGCUCGGUCCGCCUGCGCUUCACCGAGAGGCCCCGCGCGCCGCGGCUGGCCGAGCCAGGAGGCGGCAAUCCCGGCUGGGCCUGGACUUCCUUCCUCCGGGGAGGGACAACAGAACCACCCGCAGGCGGCACGGAGCUCCUGGCAGCCUGCUGGAAGCGCAGCGAUGGGUUCCCUGCUGAGCAGCGACAGCUCCAAGUCCGCGCCCGCCUCCUCCGCCCCGGGGACCACCACCCUGGAGCGCAGCGCGGACCCGAAGCUGCCCAUCACCUCUUUCGACUGCUCCGUGUGCCUGGAGGUGCUACACCAGCCGGUCCGGACCCGCUGUGGCCAUGUGUUCUGCCGAUCAUGUAUUGCCACCAGUAUAAAGAACAAUAAAUGGACCUGUCCAUACUGCCGGGCGUACCUUCCUUCAGAGGGGGUGCCAGCAACUGACAUAGCCAAAAGGAUGAAAUCAGAAUACCAGAACUGUACUGAAUGUGGGACUCUGGUUUGCCUCAGUGACAUGAGGGCCCACAUAAGGACUUGUGAGAAGUACAUCGAAAAAUACGGGCCGCUGCAAGAACUCGGCGAGACGACAGCAAGAUGUGAAUGCCCAUUUUGUCAGAGGGAACUGGAUGAAGACUGCUUGCUGGAUCAUUGCAUUACCUACCAUAGAUCAGAAAGGAGGCCUGUGUUCUGCCCGCUUUGCCGUUUACUACCUAAUGAGAGCCCAAGCACCUUCAAUGGCAGUUUAAUUAGACAUUUGCAAGUCAGCCACACUUUGUUUUAUGACGAUUUUAUAGAUUUUGAUAUAAUCGAGGAGGCUCUUAUCCGAAGAGUGUUAGACCGCUCACUUCUUGAAUAUGUGAAUCACUCCAACACCACAUAAUUUUAUGAAUAGGAAGGGGACCAUUCAUUUGUACCAUUUAAGAUGCUGCUUAAAGGACUGGAGUGAGAUUGUCAAUGUUCCAGGGAGAAAAUGUACUACAGUGUUAGGCGCUUGCCUUUGUUAUGUUGCAUUCCAAAACUGCUUACAUUCCGGUUUAGAUUUGCCUUUAAAUUCUUGAGUUUCUUAGACACUUAAUGACAAGAAAUAAUCCCCCUCUGCAGCUGACGGAAGAGAGCCAUGCUGGGUACAUGGUAGAGGGGCUUCAUGAGCACAUUGGUGAAGCUGUGUAUAGUGUUAAGUGUUCACAACUGUCAUCAUGCUUAGGCAAGACAGCCAACCUCUGUUCUACGUGAAAAGAUGGAGAAGGGAACAAAAUAGGAACAUUAAAGGAAAUCUGAAAUGUAUUCAAAUUCUCACGCUCUAAUCUCCAAAAAGGGAUCUCAAAUAAUCUUAUGAGAGGGGAGGAAAAGGAAAGAAUUUGAAGUCAACAACAUCCAAAUUAAGGAAAUUAUGGUAAACAGUACUCUAACAGAUUCUGUGUUUGAGGUGUGUGCUUAGCUGGGCAUGACAGUAGGUGUCUCUUACAGAAGUAUUUGGGAGUUUGGAGUGGGAGGCUCAGGAGUGUAAGUCCAGCCUUGGCUAAUGAGCUGGCUAAUACUUUUAUCUUAUUAUAUUAAGAAUUAUUUUAACCCCGGGGUCCGAGGAUUGUUCAAUGUUCCUGAAUAAACUGCAUUGAAAAAAAAAAAAGAAUUAUUUUAAAAUGUAGAUGAUUUCUUAAGACCCAUCUAUGGAUAUUUAUGGUAGUUUUCACAUUGGUAAUUUUGAGUGGAACUCCCAAUCUUUGUUUUUAAUUUUGACAUCUUAAAAAGUAUAAAAUAAAGCACACAUAUAAAAAACAUACAAAAAACAUACAAAAUGUAUAGCUUAAAGUGUUAUUAUGAGAAACAUACUUAUAGAGGAUGAGGUGUGUAUGCCUGAGAGGCUAAGAAAGAUUGCUUUAAGUUCAAAGCCAGCCUGGGCUACAUAGUUAGUUACAGGCCUGCUUGGGAUAUAGUGUAAGACCCUGUCUCAAAACCAAAGAAACAUUUUAACACACUAGUACUUUCCUUGCUGUCUCCUAUGGCAAGAUCCUCCAUGUUGAACUUUUGUUUUCCUUCUACGGACCUAAGAUCAGCAGCUCUCUAAGAAGCCUGGUUUCUUUCCAUGUGGAAUGGUAUUUCAAACCACAGCGGAGAGCUGGGUAGCUCAUGCCUGUGAGGAGGAUCUGUUGUUCAAGGUCUUCCUCAGCUACAUAGCAAAGUCAAGGUCAGCCUAGGCUACACCAGACCCUGUCUCAAUCCACUUCCCCUUUUCAUUCCAGAAAAAGGCUCUAAGGAUAAUUACUGCUAUUGAGGUGGCCAGUUUCUCGGGGAGAGAGCCAAGAAACAGCUGUGUGCUUGUUUAAAGACAGAACACUUCUUGGCCAGCCAUGGUGACCAUAGUAGUCCAGAGUGACUGCUGGAGACCCUCUUGCUUCAGCCUCCCGUGUAGAGGACACAGGACAUGUGUGCUAUCAUGCCUGGCAAUUUUCUAUUUUCAAGAAUAGUUGUAUCAUGCUAACAUUUUUUGUUAUGUUCUACUUUCCUAUUAUCUAACAGUUCUUCAAGUAAUGUGUGUUUAUUAUUACUGGCAUUUCCCACAUUUGAUUCUUUUAAUUUCACAUUCAGGACACUGAUUAGGAUCUCCACCUUGAAAUGAAGGAAAAAGUAACAGAGCGUAUGGCUAUCAACUUCUGAUGGUGAAAUGUCAUUUGACUUAAAAGUAGCUUUAGUCAAGGGCUGUGGAGAUAGCACAGUUAGAUAAAGGCACUUGGUGCUAAGCCUAACAAUUUGAGUGUGAUCCCAGUAACCACAUUUGUGAAAGAGAGCUAACUCCCACAAAUGCCACAUAAUGUGCUCCCCUCCCCCACCACAAAAUAAAUACGCAUAAUACAAUUAUAAUAUUUAUAAGCAUCAUUUGUUGCACAUAAACACUGUCAUAAUCAUGGUGCUAUGAUUUCUUCCCCCCUUUUUUGAGGCAGAUUCUCAAUAUGUAUGCCUGGCUGGCCUGGAACUCAACUGUGUAGGUCAGGCUGACCUUGAACUUCAGGGGAUCUUCCUGGUUCUACCUCCUAGUGCUGGGCUUUCUACAUGGACCGCUGGCUUCUACAAUUUCUCUAAUGAAUUUUCCAUACCUGCAUUGAUAUUGCUACUGGUUUUCUACACAAGACAAGCUCAUUUGGAAGAUAUAAAACAGGGAGGAAAAGGGCUUCAGGACGCCCCUUUCAUUUGUUCAUUAUUUUCUUUUUUAGUGCUGGGUCAAACCCAGGAACUGUUGUACAUCAAACAGUGCUCUAACAGUCACACUCUGCUGUCCAUACUGACCUCAAACUUGCUUUUCACAGCUGCUAACAAACUAACGGAGUUGUCUACUUCUCUCCAGCUUGGGUGGAUGAUAUAAUAAAGCAAACAUGCUUCCCCACAGCAGAGGAAUUGUUUUUAGAAGUCAUCUUCAGCCCCCGAAAACAAAGCACAGUUCUGAGCACUGGUGAUUAUUGUCCUCCCAGUCACUCUCUGUCAGGUUAGAGCAACAUGAAAGCUGUGGCACCUGUAAGUAAGCUUCAAAACCUAUUCUGGGGCUGGAGAGAUGGCUCAGUGGUUAAUAGCACUGUCUGCUCUUCCAGAGGACCCGGCACCCACAUGGCAACUCACACCUAGUUUCAGGGGUCCGACACUCCCCCCACACACAGAAUAUGCAGGCAAACACCAAUGCACAUAACAUAUAGAAAAUUUAAAAACAAAAAAAAAACUAUUCUGGAUAACCAAGAUGGCUCAGAAGGUUAAAAUGCUCCUUUCACCUCUAUACAUGCUCUGUGGCAUGUUUGUGUCAAAAGAUACUCACGUCAGCACAUGAAAAAAUAAUAAAUGUGUGUGUGUGGGGGGGGGGAGAGAUGAUGAAUCAGCAGUUUAGGUGCUUGCUGUUGAUGAGGAUGAGGUCUUAGCACCCAUGUAGGACAGCUCACUCCAGCAGCUCUCUUCUGGCUUCUACUAAUACUUGAGAACACAGGUGCAGGCACAAAAAUAUUUAAAAAAUUAAAAAAUAAAUUAGGAAACCCAACAACUGCAUUUUAAAUUGGGAGUGGUAACAAAAGCCUAUAGUUCAGGAGACAGAGGCAAAAUGAUCAGGAACUUGAGGCCAGCCUCAGCUAACAUAGCAAGUUUGGGGCCAGCCUGGGGUUAAAUGUGACUGUCUCAAAAAGCUAAACCCCUGUGUUCUAAGUACUAAGCCAUGUGUUACUUACAGUGCAUGGACAGACUCAGAAUUCUGCCCUAGGUGUUUUUGCUUGUUUAUUUUUUAAUUUUGCCACCUACAGGAUAAAUUAGGUGCUGGACACCUGAGCUAUUUUGUGUUUGAAUUGCUGUGGGUUUGAAAAUGGCACUCAGGUAUCAUUUCACUGUGCUUUUAGCUUUUUAUAAGAAAGGAGUUUGUAAUUCGUUGCUUUAAAAAGUAAAAACCAGUAUUCAAAGUUGUAUUCAAAUUACGUGCUUUUUGUAAACACUGCCUAUAAAACAACUAUCAUCAAGGAAAAAACAGUGAUCUUGAUGUUAUUCUAAGACUGGGUUCUCCUAUGUUGUUGGUGGGAAAAUGGAUUGGCUGUGGAUCGGUGGUAAAGAGUAAAAGCUCCCAGGAGCCCUGACUGGUGAUGUCGGUUCCCCGCUGUUACGGGGUAGGCAUGUUCAUCUCAGAGUGAGCUUACUCCAGGUUUGGGAUGUUUACCAAGUGAUAACUUGUAUGACACAUUGAAGGUAUUUUUUUUUAAAGUACUAAGUACUAAGAGAUUCAUUCUUUUGUUGUUCAAAUGUAAAAAGAGCUUCUAAUCAGAAUUUAAAGUGUAUAAUUCUUUUUCUUUUGAAAACUGUAUUAUAAGAAAUAAAGAAUGGCAGGACCAUUGCUUUCAUUAAAAUA